AUGCACAACAUGGGUGAUCAACAUUUCUGGGAUGAGAAAACAGACAUCAUCACAAGCACUCUGAAGGAAAUGAGGGAGAACCACAAACUUGAAGUUAAAGAGCUUCAGCAAAGAAUACGUGCUGUGGAUAAUCGUCUUAAAGAAACACGCAAAGAACUAAACUGCAAUCACUCAAGGAGGCCUUUCCGGGACUGGGUGUCAUCAAGAAGAGGACUGACACAGCAUAAAAGCCUAACAGGACCAGAAAGCGUGAAUGGCAAUGCCGCUGAGAUUGAGGCUCAUUACAAGGACUUACUUCAGAAAGAAAAGGAUAAAUAUAAAGAACUGGUCAAAGAACACCAGAGUCUGCUCAACAGCGUGAAUGGCAAUGCCGCUGAGAUUGAGGCUCAUUACAAGGACUUACUUCAGAAAGAAAAGGAUAAAUAUAAAGAACUGGACAAAGAACACCAGAGCCUGCUCAACAGAGUGUCUGCAGAGAUAACAAAAGAAUUUACAGCUUCAGACGAGUUUGAAGACCUCUCAGACCCUUGUAAUCAAGAAAGGCUAAAUGAAAUGUAUGACAAACUGAGGAACAUUAAAUGGACAGGACUCAAAGUAAAAUUGCAAGAGAAAGACAAUGAUACUUUUGUUACUGAUUAUGCCCAAACCUUACAGGAUAUAUUUAAAGUGGCAAAAGACCACAUGCAGAGGAAGAGAGACAAUUUAAAACAAAUCUUCAUACCUGAAGGGCAAGCUACUACAAAGAUACAGCGAAUUGUGACAUUAGCUGUUAAGAAUCUUAAAGAAGCUUUGUUCCACACAAGCGAUGCUCACUAUCACCAAACCGUGAGUGAGAAGUUACAGAACUGUAAAAGGUGGUGCCAUGAUGAAGAGAUGGAGAAGAUGAUGACUGAUCUGGCAGCCCAAUACUACAAGCUGAUGUGCCUGAUGCUCCUCCACAAUCCCCCAAUAGAGCCGGACUGGCAAACCAAAAGGGCACACAAUGAAGAUACAGUGUUCCCACCACUUAUCUCAAUGUCACAACACACAGAGUGGCAGAUGACAGGAGGGACAAACAAAUCUAAUGAAAAUAGCGUGCCCUCACAAAUGCAAAUGCUACAACAACCAGACCAGCAGCAGACAGGAGAAACAAACAAAUCGAAUGAAAAUAUAGUGCUCUCCUCACCAACAUGUAUACCCCCACCACAGCAAACACAGGAAAUAGACAGAUCAGUCCAAAUCAAUGGAAAUGACGAAAAGCGGAUUAGUGGUGGUGAAAAUGUUGAGAUUAAUGCAAAAUAACUCAAGAAGCUUUUUCUUGGCCUUCUAAACUGUGUGUGUGUGUGUGUGUGUGCGUGUGUGUGUGCGUGUGCGUGUGCGUGCGCGUGAUUUUAUUGCAAUACUUAGCGAUGACACUGUAAUUGAAUUUCAACGUCUUAAUCAUCCCACCAUAACCAUGUAGGCCUACAUGUAUUUUUACUUUUUCAUUUUCUUAUGCUACAGGGCUGUGCAGGACCACUGCUUCCAUUACUAGUUAUAGCCUACAGUAUGUCUAAAGAUCUGUUGUUAAUGCUACUAUCCCCUAGAAGCGAGCUAGCUUUCCCAUGAAUUUAACCAUUGUAAACGCUCUGAUCUCAGACAGAUGACUAAUAUGCUAUUAUGCACUAAAUAAAUGUAUUUGCGUUGCUGAAGAUAUUAUGCUGUAGUUGUCAAUAACAUUGCGCAUAUUUUUCUACAUCGUUAUUAAACUUUGCAGAUAUACACACAUUGGAAGAAAGCUGGUACAAUUUUGAGAUAGGUUUAAUUAGUCAAUAUGUCAUUUGGGUGGAUAUCAAUUCUUUCUUAGAUUCUUAGUUUGAAAACGGAAACUUCCAACCAACAAUAUUUAGAAUAAACUGCUGCACUAGCAAAGGCAAGCCAAGCGGACAAGUCAUACAGGUAGUAGGCUAAGUGUAUUUUGCUCUGUAUUACUACAAAAAUACUUAAAAAAAACUAACUAACCCUUCUUUGCAUCUGGUUGUUCUGUAUAUUUCCUGUGCACUUUGUAUCUGCUAGUGAUGUUGGCUGUGAUUAUGCAGGUCAUUUGUAAGUCGCUUUAGUUAUAAAGUGUCUGCCAAAUGUCAUGUAAUGUAAUGUAAUGUAAUGUAGUGUGUAAUAAAAGUCACUCAUGCACAUCUAUCUAUCAGGAUAAAGAUGCUAGUCAGAUGAAUUUGUUUUCAUUAGUUU